AUGCACUUCUUGGCUUUUUCUAAUUCAAGGGCGGCAGGUGGCGGUAGGACGGGUGGAUGCAGAAUCUGCAUCCAUAUCAUGAUGGAAUUUGCCGAAAGCGCUGUCACCCAUUGUCGCAGCAUACUAGUUAUACUGAUAAGGUCUGACUCGACAAUAUGUCAAUCAUAUUCCUCGAAGACCUCCUAGUAUUCUUUCCAGGGUCCUGCGCAUAAAAUCGGCCUAUCCUAACCCAAUCGCCAUCACCUUCACCGACCAAGUCGGAGGGCAGUUCAGAGACGUUUGAUCCCUGGCAAACGGGCGUGCGGCAAAAUCUUGCGUUGGAAAAGCACGAACGAGGUUCGAUUGAUCAUCAGAGGCACUGUUUUGGCUUUAGAGUUGGUAAACUCGACAAUGUGGAAAUUGACAGGUUCGAUCCAAUUCGUCAUCCCGAGAGAACUACAAACUGUUUGCUGUGAACUCGGUGGGCAAGGCAGGGAAAAAAUGAAACUGGCCGGCCCCAUUCCCAAAAUAGAAAAGCAUGUCCUAUACCGGACCGAUCCGGACCGUCUAUACCGUAAUCCCCAACGUUUUUGCCGGUGUCCACUUCCGGCCCUUUCCGGUGUUUGUACCUCUUUGGUCGGCUCCCAAAAACCAUGCGUCUCGAACACGAAACCGGUGCUUGACUCGGUCCAAUUGGUGCUUGACUCGGUCCAAUUCGCGUCUUCGCGUCGUCGUGCGUGGCCCGGUUCAGGCGAAGCGUUGACCGACGAAGAGAUUGAUGAGAUGAUCCGCGAGGCCGAUGUGGACGGGGACGCGCUCGACACAGAGCGCCAGGAGUCUCCCAGCGAUGGAGGAGCGCACGCCGUCCUCGUGGAUCCCGCGGCCUUGAAGGCGACGCAGAAGGCUUGGCUGCAGGAAUUGAUCCUCUUACAGGGCUUUGAUGGUGCCUGGCUGGACAGCGUGGAACUGCGGGAGAUCCUAGGGUUGCCAGCAGCUGUUUGGAGCGGCUCGGGCGCAGGCUGGGCUACCGCACUAAUCCUUGCCGCGCUGCAACUUUACUUGCCAGGACUCUUUGCAGACUGGGAUCUCUUGGGACAAAAGGCUCGAGCUUGGCUUCAAAGCGAAAGCCUCGUGACUCAGGCGCUUGAGCUGCUACAGCAGGUCGCGCCAGUGUGGCCCAAGACGGUGGAGUGCACUCGAGCCUCAGGAGCCCGCGUCCCGCCGGUGCGCACCGUGCGCGGCGGGGGAGGGAUUCGCUAUGAAGAAUUUGUGAAGAUGAUGAUGGCCAAAUGAGAUGUCGUGUUGAUGCUGAUAGUGCCUGUCUGCCGUUGUGCUGCUGUUGGUCGGGUUGAGUCAUUAGAGGC